GGAGCUUUUCACCGGCGCGGUAUUUUUCAAUCACGUCGUCUUGUGUUAUUAUUGUUUUUAACAAUAAAUUAAGAUUAAAUAAAUCGAAAAUUCAAUCUUAUAACUGAAUACUAACACUAUUUAAUUAUAAAAUAAUGUAUGGACAAAAGUGUAACUAGAAUUUGAAAUUAACGUAUAAAAACUUGUGAACCAUGUCUCUUGGAAAGCAGCCCGCGGAGCACAUCAAGCGGCCGAUGAACGCGUUUAUGGUGUGGUCGCGUGGUCAGCGGCGGAAGAUGGCGCAUGACAACCCUAAGAUGCACAACUCUGAGAUAUCGAAGCGGCUCGGUGCUGAAUGGAAGCUGCUUACGGAGAUGGAGAAAAGACCAUUUAUUGACGAAGCCAAGAGGUUAAGAGCAUUACACAUGAAAGAGCACCCCGACUAUAAAUACCGGCCGCGGAGGAAACCCAAGGCGCUGGUGAAGAAAGAGCCAAAGUUCGGCUUCGGCAUCAGCGGGCUGAUGGCGCCAGUACCGCGGCUACUGCCCCCUUCCUUACCUCACCCUGUACCGCAGCUACCCGUGCCUCACCACCUAUUACCCGACAAACCUGAUCUCAGCAGGGCGCUGUUCCCGCCCCUGCCUUACCCCUUUUACCCCUUUGCGAAGCUACCCUCUGAUGAAGGAAAAUUGGCUGCUGAGCUGGCGCACUUGCAGGCACUAUAUGGCGGAGCUCUCUAUAGCAGCGCGUUCUACAGCAACGCACUUUCCCCCUGCGGCUGUCCCCCGAGAAGGUCACCCUCCCCUCCCCCGGACGUCAAGCGCCCCGUCGCCUACGUCCUCAUGAAGAGCGACGAGGAACCGCCCCAGCAUGUUAUAUGAAGGCCAGUGCCGCUCCCAGCCCGGCCCCUGCCGCUCUGGGAGCGACCCUCCACUUCUAUGCAGGAGAGAGACAGCCCUGAAAGUGUAUAAGGUUAGAUGAAGACUAUUCGCUUCAGGACUAUUCAAGUGGAGAGACAACUUUGAUAGUUUUUGGAAACCAAAGCUCGUGGAAGGGACAGCCCUGAUAGUGUAAGUUAAAGUGAAAAACUCUCAAGCGGACAAAAAAACGACAGUGGCAGCCCUGAUUGUGUUGUCGAGUCCUAAUUAACAAUUUUCGUGAAAGAGACAACCUUAAUAUUAACUGACGCGGUCGAAAUACCAAUAUCAUCGGUGUUUGACAUUCGAAUUAUGAAGUGUUAAUUGUGUAAAUUUAUGACGUAGCCAAUCCGAAGUGUUCUUCCAAAGGGAUAAGUGUAAUCAUAGCUAAGGAUUUAAGUUUUUAUUACUCGUGUAGACAACCAGUGUUAUAUUUAAAGUACUAUAUGAAGUAGUGUUAGAUUGAUUUUAAAUGACUGAGGGCUAAAAUUAUUGUGUUUUUACAUUCCUUUUUACAAAUUUUCGUUUACUUU